AUGUCUGAUAUUCGCCUUUCCCAAUCUAUGACUGUCCCUGCUAGCCAAACAAUUCCCGAGUUGCGCUAUGAUGAUGCAGGCAAUGCAUAUGUGCGCGAUCUCUUAGGUGUUUGGCGACCCCAUCCUGGGAUUGCGCAGGCUGUGACUCGAGUGCAGCGGUCUGAAGACAGAUACAUGUCCCAGGCUUAUGGCGGACAUGCAGCAGCGCCAUCCAUGUAUGGACUCACAACUCCUGCGAACUUCUCCCAACCUUGCUCGUCGCCACCACCCUCACCAUCUGGGUCCCACCUCCUGCCACCUAGCGCACACCGCGAGCCUGCUCUUAUCCCACUCCCUGACUCACUGGAUAUGGAGCUUCGUGACCCCUUGGUCAUUGCCGGGUCUCGUGGAUAUGCACCUGCCAUCAAAAUUGGCAGGGCACGUCGCAAGACUAGAACUAAUAAAAGCAGGGGAAAGGAUAAGGAGAACACUAACCUGGACAUUGCUGACCGCCCUCAAAAGCACGCACGUGCUAUUGAGGAUGAUGAAGAUGAUUCAAGGGCGAAACGUGGUCGGCCCAACGGCUCUAACAAUUACAGCACGGCUGAUGUCAAAGUUCUUCUUGACCUUGUCGAAGAUGAACUUCCUCUGGGCCAGAAAGGUGGGCAGGCCUUAAUGGCCGCCCUCACCGUAAAGCCACAUUGCUUUGAAACUAAAUUCAAGCAGUUUGUGAAGACCACGAAGCCCACCGGUGAUGGAGUUUGUCCCCCCGACGUCACUCAUGCCCAUGAGCUCGAUGCGCGCAUCAACGAGCGUGCUGGUACCCGUGACCUAAAUGACUCGGACUACGAUGCCCACGACGACGAGUUGAAUUGUAACGAACAAAACGUCAAGGUGCGAAGUAUGUCACCUCUUGAACACACUGCAGUCACUCGCGCCACUCGGACAGAUACACCUAUGCCACGUCGCCGAGGUGCAGCAGCUUCCGAGUUGCUUUCUCGCAUCAGUGGGGCCUUUGACCCUGCUGUUCAGCAAGCUCGGGAUGAGGAUCGCGCCACUAGGUCUCUUGCAAACACGCAGUUGCUUUCCCAGGGGCAGCAGCUGCGUGAUGCAAAUGCAGUCACGGAGAAAUUGCGGACCCAACUGUUUGACUUGCAAUCAAGACUAUUUGAUGCUGAACGCGAGCGUGACCUUACCCAGCUUCGUCUGGAGAUGAUACAGAUGCACCAGCCUCCUCCCAAAAAAGCCGCUCACAAGACUCAUCACCAGCGCAGACCCAAACCCAAACAGGCGGAUUACACAUAUUACCCUGAUGGUGGCCAAAGCGUCAUCUGGCACAGUGAUCCAGACACCCCGGCAUCUGACGCUUCGGACCACCCUCCAUCUUCUCCUCAAUACACCCAUCCUACUCCCCCUCCUUUCAAUUCCACUCCUUCUCCUCGCCUUGCCUUCCGUCGCUGGGCAUCCAGACCCCGUUCACGUGGCGCAGGACCACCACGCAAUUCCAUGGUCGUUCACUCUAAUUGGCAAGAGACCCAGGUGUGCACAGACCUCAAGAGUGAGGCCAUGGCAGAUGCAGAUGACCUGCCAGAGUGCAAGUCAGCUCGUCAAACUCCAGAGGUGUAA